AGCCGAUAGUCAAGUCACAAUAUCUGCAUGUGUACGUACUCUCUUUUCUUCUCUUUAAAUGCUUUCUUCACAACAAUAGAAAUAGAGAAAGAAUCCUCCCUCCCUCUGCCCCUUUUUCAGGUUUUCAGUUUUUAUUAAAGAAAAAGCAAAUUAUUCACCAUAUUAUAUUAUAUAGUCAGAAGAACGGACCAGAGAUUCUAUGUAAUUUUCCCCCUUUUUUACAUCUUUAGCCUACCCUUAAACGAAGAAACACAUCACAAAAAUUAUGGCUAUUCAAGCGCAGUUAUAUACAGAUAAUUUUGGUUUUCCGUUUGGUGGUUCACAAGAUUUGAUGGAGAAUGGUUGUGGAUUUAAUCAGUUUUCUUUUAGUCCUCAACAGCAACAACACCUUCAACAAAAUUUUCAACAGCAGUCGUUCCUGCAAAUUCUGCCGCAGAAAAACAAUCAGAAUUUGAUGAACAUUGUUCCGAAACAGUAUAACAACGGUACUGAAUCAAUGCCUUUUUCUCAGUGUAUAGCGUCACAGUUUGAGAAACAGAGUAUUGAGAUUGAUCAAUUCAUCAGUUUACAGAAUGAGAGAUUGAGAUUGGUUUUAAACGAGCAAAGAAAGCAACAGCUGGCGUUGAUCUGGAGAAAAUACGAAGCAAAAGUUCAAUUUCUGCUAAAACAGAAAGACGAAGAAAUCGCUAAAGCUGUAAACAGGAAAAAAGAGUUGGAAGAAUUUUUACAAAAGAUGGAAAUAGAGAACCAAACAUGGCAGAAAAUAGCUCAAGAAAACGAAGCUAUUGUCAUUUCACUAAACAACACAAUCGAACAGCUACGAGAAAAUGGUGUUUAUUGUUUAACAUCAGCAAAUGGAGCAGAAGAUGCAGAAUCAUGCUGUGAUUUUGGCCAUGAAAAUGAAGAAGAAAAUGGGGAAGAUGAUCAAACAAGAAAAAUGAAGUGUAAAAGCUGCAAUUCUCGUAAAAUGUGCAUGAUUUUCUUGCCGUGUAGACACCUUUCUACAUGCAAAGAUUGUGAUUCUUUUCUUAAUCAAUGUCCUGUUUGUGGAAUAGCGAAAAAAGCAAGUAUUGAGGCUUUGAUUUGACAAAAAAUAGAUGAAAAACCCAAAUUACUAAAUUCAUUAAUUUCUUUUUGUGUUUUUUUAACCCUUUUGUCAGGGUGAUUUCAUUUGAUCUUUUUUUUGGUGUACUUUUUUGACGAAAUCCUCUGACUGAUGAAAUGAACAAAAGUGAUAUGAGUAGUUACUGCUGUAAUAGUGUACAGGAAAUUAGCAUCUUUUUUUUUUACCUUUCUUGUAGAUGUUACUUUUACCAUUUUUGGUGGGAUUUAGUUUUUACUUUUA